CUCCGCUGGGCGAUUGCAGCCGAGUCCAUUUCUCGUUUAGCUGCCGCCGCGGCGACUGCUGCCUUGUCUUCCUCCCGGACGCUUGUGGGUUAUCAACCAAUAUCCAUGAGCAUCUGUAGGCCAACCAUUGCUGUCCCUCAAAAAUAAUGAAAAGAUGGCAUUAUGAAUCCAGUAUGUUAAUUUCCUCUUGUCAAUUUUAAACUUUGGUUGUUUCAGACUGAAGCAGUCAUGGUGAACCUAAGGAAAGCGGUGCAUUCAUUCCUUGUGCACCUAAUUGGCCUAUUGGUUUGGCAAUGCGAAAUUUCUGUGAGCCCAGUUACAGCUAUAGUAACUGACAUUUUCAAUACCUCCGAUGGUGGACGCUUCAAAUUCCCAGACGGGGUACAAAACUGGCCAGCACUUUCCAUCGUCAUAAUAAUAAUCCUGACAAUAGGUGGCAACAUUCUCGUUAUCAUGGCAGUAAGCUUGGAAAAGAAACUGCACAAUGCCACCAACUACUUCUUAAUGUCCCUAGCUAUUGCUGAUAUGCUAGUGGGACUACUUGUCAUGCCACUGUCUCUGCUUGCAAUCCUUUAUGAUUAUGUCUGGCCACUACCUAGAUAUUUGUGCCCCGUCUGGAUUUCUUUGGAUGUUUUAUUUUCUACAGCGUCCAUCAUGCACCUCUGCGCUAUAUCGCUGGAUCGGUAUGUAGCAAUACGUAAUCCUAUUGAGCAUAGCCGUUUCAAUUCGCGGACUAAGGCCAUCAUGAAGAUUGCUAUAGUUUGGGCAAUUUCUAUAGGUGUAUCAGUUCCUAUCCCAGUGAUUGGACUGAGAGAUGAAGACAAAGUGUUUGUCAACAACACCACUUGUGUGCUGAAUGACCCAAAUUUUGUUCUUAUUGGGUCCUUCGUAGCAUUCUUCAUACCGCUGACGAUCAUGGUGAUUACGUACUGCCUGACGAUUCACGUUCUCCGACGACAAGCACUGAUGUUACUGCAUGGCCACACCGAAGAACCGCCUGGAAUAAGCCUGGAUUUCCUUAAGUGCUGCAAGAAUACCACCUGGGAAGAGAACUCUGGAAACCCUAAACAAGAUUUGAAUCCUCGGCGAAGAAAGAAGAAAGAAAGACGUCCUAGGGGCACCAUGCAGGCUAUCAACAAUGAACGGAAAGCAUCAAAAGUCCUCGGCAUCGUUUUCUUUGUGUUUCUCAUCAUGUGGUGCCCAUUUUUUAUUACCAAUAUUCUGUCGGUUCUUUGUGGGAAAGCCUGUAAUCAAAAGCUUAUGGAAAAGCUUCUGAAUGUGUUUGUUUGGAUUGGCUAUGUUUGUUCAGGAAUUAAUCCUCUGGUGUACACUCUUUUCAACAAAAUUUACCGAAGGGCUUUCUCCAACUAUUUGCGCUGCAAUUAUAAAGCAGAGAAAAAGCCUCCUGUCAGACAAAUCCCGAGAGUUGCUGCCACUGCUUUGUCCGGGAGGGAGCUUAAUGUUAACAUCUACCGGCAUACCAAUGAACCGGUGAUUAAGGAAACUAAUGACAAUGAGCCUGGUAUAGAGAUGCAAAUUGAGAAUUUGGAGUUACCGGUUAAUCCUUCCAGUGUGGUUAGUGAAAGGAUUAGUAGUGUGUAAGAAAUAGCAGCACAGUCUUUUCCUACAGUAAAGCUACAAAUGUAGGAAAAUAUUGUAUAACUCUUCCGUCAGUCAUAACUAAUGUAAAUAUUGUUGUCUGAAAAAGGUGUUUUUAUAUAUAGCUUUGCAAUCCUGUACUUUACAAUCAUGCAUACAAUAGUGAGAUUUACGGUUCUAUAUUUACUGUUUAUAAUAGAUUGAGAGUAACUUAUUUUGAUUCUUUGAUGUAUAAAAAUAUUGAUUUUUUUCCCCUUCCUUUUUCCCUACCUCUCCUUCUUUCUUUUCUUCUCUCUCUCUCUCUUUCUUUUGUGCAUAAGGAAAUGUUGAUGUUCAUCUCAGGUGGCAUUUGCCAGAGACCAGAAUGAUGCACAUGACAGUGGUUAAAUUUCAACCACACCAAAAUUAACAAAUUGAGUAGAGUGUUUUUCUGGGUUAACAGUAAAUAUGCACUUUAAAUUCUUGCUCUGCUCAUCUAUACACAUAAACACAGUAAGACAGGUUCUGCUUUCUGAUACUCUGUCACACCUAUUAGUGAGUCAAAGGUAGAACUUAGCCUUGUCAUCACAUAUAGGGGCAAAAUUUGACAUUGUCAGAAUGUUGUGUUGAUAUUUUGCUGCAAUGUCUGUCCCCAUAGUGGUAUUUUAACAUAGCAGCUAGUUAACCAGGACUACAGAAGUGGAAGGAUGAUACAACAUAUAUACACCAAUAGCUUUUCACUUCUUCAGGACAAUGUUCAAAUUCCGAUUAUAAUGACAAGCAAAGUGGAAUUAGUGUUUUCAUUCUGGUCCUUAGUAAAUACCUAAUUCCAUAACUAAACUGGGAAACAAGAUCCCAGAGUUAUUUCUCAAUCCAGGAUUCAAUAUCAAUUGGGUUUUGAUCUCAGGAUCCUGGAAAUUCAUGUGCUACACACAAAGUGAAAUUAGCAUUUUGAGCCUUAUUAAAAUAUUUUCUUAAUUAUGGUACCUCUAUCUAUAGGACCUAAUUUAGCAGUCCAUUUUUAAGUAAAACUAGCAUUGGAAGGAUAAAUGAUCAAAACCUUGGGAGUUUUACUUGAUUAAGGACUACAGAACUAGGCCCUUAGAAUGUGAAAAAAAGUAAUUAAAAAGACGCUUUUACUGAACUCUGGGGAUAACAUAAAUACAGAGUUUCCAUUUGGAUUUUAAACAAAAUUUAUCUCAUUUUCAGAUCCUUCCAAACUCUCUAGUGCAGGAAAAGGCUGCAGCUAAUUUGUGAAAGUGGCAAGCUCUUCAUUGUACUGCAAUUAUGUACCAGAAGUUUAAAUCUUUGUUAAAAAUAUAGUGUUGUGUUACAAUAAGUGUUGGCCAUAUUUUCAUUUGUGGGCCUGCUGCUAACAAUUCAGUACCAUUUUACUAGUUUGCUAACCUUGAAAGGUUUUCAAGCAUUGCUAAAGUCAGACCAUCAAGUCUAUGCUGUGUGCAGAGUAUACAAGUAUUCCCAGUAACUAUUUCCAUGUGUGUCCAUUUCACACGACUGUGGAUCAAUUUCUGAAAAAUUCAUGAUGCUACUUUCUAUGCCUGACAGUUACUUACAAUCCUUAGAGGGUGCCUCUCAGUAUCUUCAAGUUAGGGAAGGCAUAAUCUGAAUUUCCUAAAAUUCCUAGUCUGUGUCCUCAACACACAGCAUAGAUAAAUCCAACAGUCUGCCACAGGGGCAGUGGGAGAGCUGCUGUAUUUGAGAAAACUCAUACAGUCUGUACCUGAUUUGCAACACUGCCAAAUGUCAAUCAAUUGCUUGAGCAUGCCCAAAUAUAACAUGAAAGUGAAGUCUACCUGCCUGUUAGUUCUGUUGAACUGCAUGUCAAAACAAUUAUAUGAAAUUGAAUGAGGUAAUCUAAUUCUUAUUGAAAUGAAAAUGUCUGAAGAAACACAGCAUGCAUUGCACAUGAGUUCUGCACAUACAGAUGGAGUCCUGCAUGUAUGCCAUGUAUGUUGCAUGAAUCCAUCGAUCUGUAUUAAAGUAAGGCAGAGUUGGUGAUAUUAAAGGGCCUGAAGAAAAUCCUUCAGCAGUCCUUACAAAGAACAUGCAUUCAGAUCUGAAGUACUGUUAGUAUCAGAGAAAACUGGAAACAUCUGAUUUCUUUUCAACUAUCAGGGCAAGCUCAUA